AUGGUCAAAACACGCAAGGAACGAGCUGGCAAUGCCCACAUCAAGCUCCGCCAGCCUGACCGGUCUGGGCCAACAGAAAAGACUCUACUCGACUUUGCCGACGAGCGAAAUCUGUUUCAGCAGGUCCAACAGCGGGAGAAGGAGAUGGCAAAGGAAAGGAGAAAGCAAAGCAUCGCAGACGGUGAUGACGACGACGACGGCGAAAUUCCCACCUUGUCUCCCGGUGCAGAGCAAGUCCUCGAAGCUGCUUUAUGGACCGCCACCAUUGCUAUGCUUCACUUCACCUUUGAUGUGCUGGUGCAACAUCAGUAUGGACAGGAGAUUAGCUGGGCGCAUGUCUGCACAAGAACAGGCCGUGCUUGGCUAGAAUUGGACCUCGUCUGGGGCUGCCUUAGUCUGCUCCUGGCUGCCGUCUUCCUCAAGCAAGGAGGCUACGAAAUCAAAUAG